CUCCCUAUUAAUUCUGAGUUUGUUUAGUCAACUAGGUUACAUAAACAAACAAUAAUAUGACCGCUAUGGCAGUUGAAGCAGCUUCUUCCUCUUCUUCUUCUUUCUCCAAUUCAUACACAUAUGAUGUCUUUUUGAGUUUCAGAGGGGAGGAUACUCGCUGCAAUUUUACUGAUCAUUUGUACAACGCGUUGCGUCACAAGGGAAUUAACACCUUCAGAGAUGAUAAGCUUCCAAGAGGAGGAGAAAUAUCGGUGGAGCUUGUCAAAGCAAUUGAGGAGUCCAGUGUUUCAAUCAUUAUCUUCUCUGAGAACUAUGCAUCAUCAAGGUGGUGUUUGGAUGAACUGGUGAAGAUCCUUCAAUGUCGAGCAUCAAACAAACAAAUGGUUAGACCAGUUUUCUACAAGGUGGAUCCCUCGGAUGUACGAAAUCAAAGAGGUAGUUUUGGUGAGGCAUUUGCUAAACUCGAUCAAUGCAGAUACAAGGAUAGCAUCGGCAAAUGGAGGGAAGCUCUUUCAGAAGCAGCAAAUUUGUCUGGAUGGCUUUUUUCGGAUGGCGAGUAUGAAUCUCUGUUUAUUGGCAAGAUUGCUGAGGAGUUGUCGUCCCAAGUACUAGUCAAUUCUGAUAAUUUGAUGGUCGCUAAGUAUCCAAUUGGAAUUGACUCUUGUAGACAAGAUGUCCACAAACUUUUACAUAUGGAAGAAAAUAAUGUUCGUAUGGUAGGUAUAUGGGGUCCUGGUGGAAUAGGAAAGACCACAAUUGCUAAAGCUGUGUUUAACUCAAUUCGCUGUGAGUUUGAAGGUAGCUGUUUUCUGGCCAAUGUUAGAUCAAAUUCGAGUGUCCAAAAAGGCCUAGCCCAUCUUCAACAGAUACUUUUGUUUGAUAUUCUUGGGGACUCAACUUUGGAAGUGCACAAUGUCGAUGAAGGAAUAUGUUUUAUAAGGAAAAGGAUGCGGUAUAGAAAAGUUCUCUUAAUUAUCGAUGACGUGAGUGAUUCGAAUCAAUUAGACAACUUAGUUCUAUCAUCUGAUUGUUUUGGGCCAGGCAGUAGAAUUAUCAUAACAACAAGAGAUAAACAUUUGUUAAUAGCUCAUCAAGUUCAGUCAAUAUACGAGGUCAAGAUGUUAAAUGAUGCUGAAGCUAUGGAGUUAUUUAGUUGGAAUGCAUUCAAUUGUAAUGGACCACCAGAUGAUUUCAUGGAACUUGCAAAUCGUGCAGUACGCUAUGCUCAAGGUCUCCCAUUAGCUUUGAUAGUUGUGGGUCGUCAUCUAUUUGCUAGAAGGAAAGAGCACUGGGACGAUGCAUUGGAUAGUUAUAAAAGAGUUCCUCACAAGAAUAUUCAAGACAUUCUCAAAAUAAGUUUUGAUGCUCUAGAAGAAGAUUAUGUAAAAGAACUUUUUCUUGACAUUGCUUGCUUCUUUAAAGGUGAGGAUGUACAUCAUGUGAUAACAAUACUAGUAGCUUGUGACUGUAACCCAGUGAUUGGUAUCGAAAUACUCAAAGAAAAGGCCUUGAUAACAAUGGACGGACAUAAGAUCAUGAUGCAUGACUUGAUAGAAGAAAUGGGUAGAGAAUUAGUACGUCAACAGGGUGAGCCCGGCGAAAGAAGUAGAUUGUGGAACUACGAUGAUGUCGACCAUGUUUUAAUAGAUAGUACAGGAACAAAGAAAAUAAAAGGCAUUAGACUAAAAUGGGAGCAAGAAAAAGAUGAGAUAUGUUUGAAUUCUAAAAGCUUUUCUAGGAUGAAAAAUCUCAAAUACUUGUCUAUCAGCAAGAGGGUACAGUAUUUUGGAAACAUAGAUUAUCUAUCCAAUGAGUUGAGGUGGCUUUACUGGUACGGAUGUCCGAUACAGUCAUUUCCUUCAAAUUUUCAUCCAAGGAAACUUGUUGUGCUCAAAAUUCCUUACAGCCCUCGCAUCACACGACUAUGGGAGGGACUUAAGAAUUUCCCAAUUCUAACAUCUAUGAAUUUAGAAGGUUGUAAAUCCCUAAGAGAACUUCCAAACUUCACCGGAAUCCCCAACUUAGAAGAGCUGAAUUUAUAUGGUUGUGAAAGUUUAGUUGAGGUUCAUCAGUCCGUUGGAUGCCUAGAUAAGCUUGUGACCUUAUGUCUUGAAGGCUGCAAUAACCUUGUUAAGCUGCCCAGCGAAAUUAGCUUGAAAUCUCUCCAUGCUAUGGAUCUUAAGUUUUGCACUAAGCUAGAGGAAUUUCCAAAAGUUAUUGGAAAGAUGGAUUCUUUAAGAGAGUUGAUCCUAUCGAAUACUCAUGUUAAAGAAUUGCAUCCUUCAAUUGGGAAUCUCAUUGGGCUUAGACAGCUAUACCUAGAUCAUUGUCAAAAUCUUACUACUCUACCAUGCAGCAUAUAUGAGUUACAAAAUCUAGAGAUCUUAAAGGUGAGUGGAUUCUCAAAAUUUGUUACAUUUCCAAAAUUCAAGGGAAAGAUGAAUUCCUUAAAAGAGUUGUAUCUAAGAGGCUGCUAUAUUGAAGAAUUGCAUCCAUCAAUUGGAAAUUUCACUGGGCUUAAUGAGUUGAAUCUAGCAGAUUGUAAAAAUCUUACAACAAUACCAUGCAGCAUAUAUGAGUUACAAAAUCUAGAGAUCCUAGAUGUGAGUGGAUGCUCAAAACUUGUUACAUUUCCAACAAAAGCAAGCAUUUCACAUGACCAUGACAGUGGUUCACUAGCGCUUCCCAAGCUCCGUGUACUCAAAAUCACCGGAUGUAAUUUAUCAACUGCUGAUUUCAUUGGGAGUCUUGAUUGCUUGGAAACAUUAAACGAACUUGAUCUCUCAAGUAACAGUUUUGUUAAUAUUCCUGCACUAGGCAAAUUUGUCAGCUUGCCAAGGAUUGACUUGUAUAGUUGCACGAGACUUCGAGAGAUUCCAGAGCUUCCACCAAAUAUACUCGAGGUAAAUGCGGGGGAUUGCAAAUCACUGGAGAGAUUUUUGAUAUUGCCCAAGUCUUUGAAUAUGGUAGAGAUAAACUUGUGGAAUUGCCAUAGAUUUAGUUACAAGCUGGGCUAUGACAUGGAGAAGAUGGAAAAUAUUUUGCUGAAUAAUCAGCACAACUCCCGGUUUAGUCUUGUAUUACCUGGUAGUGAGGUUCCGAAUUGGUUCCAUCGUUUGAAGGAGGUUGCUACUAAUGAAAACGGCUCGUCCAGUACAUGUGCAUUUUCUUUUGAAAUCCCAAGCAAAUUGAAUUGGGAGAACAUAGGAGUGGCUGUUUGUUCUGUUGAGAAAACUUUUAGUGUUUUAACUCAUCAUCGAGCUGAUAUUUCCAUCAAUGGGGUACUCAUAGAACAGUGUUCCAAGUUGCCGAGUUGGCGCAGUUCCAGUUGGCGCAGAUUAACGCCAGACCAUAUGUGGCUAACUUAUAUUCCAUUAUCUAAUGAGAUAAAGGGAAAAGUGGAUCAACAGGGUUGGUCGCGUUAUCAGUGUCGAAUUGAAUUUUACCCUGCUGAUCAAAUUAAAAGUUGUGGAGUUCACCUCGUAUGCCAACCUCGCAUGCUAGACUGGCUUUCGUGGAUUUCGUCUGCGAAUCCAGAACAAAAGACGCCUCGUAAUGGAGCCAAUGACGAUUAUGACCAUGAACAAGAGCAGCAGGAACAACCAAUUCCUUCAAAACGACACUGCACUGAGGAGCAACCAUCAAUGCCUUCCUUCCCCGAUUACUCUGCAUCUGCAUCUGCAUCCACCUCAAAUCUUGAUCUUCUUCCCAAUUCGCUGCGGACUCUCGCGAAUUUUGAUCCUACCUAACGAGCCAGUACUCCAUAGUUCCUACAAUAAUAUAUGCCAUGUUCUUUCAGAGACUCUCGCUGCUAUUUUCAGGUUUGUCUCUCUUCCCUGUUUUAAAAUUCUGCAGAUUUCAUGUUUUUAUACGAAUGAUUGUUUUGUGGUAUCAAAAUUGGUAAAUUUGCCUUCAAUUGAUUCCAUUCUUGUAGGAGAAUAUUGCUGGUAAUCAGCUAGUCUAUUAAAUCUUCCUCCACGGGUUACAUCUCGGAAUUUCAUAAAUGUGGCCAAUAAUUUGUCAAACUCAUAUACAAUAUGUUUUUGGUAUCAGAAGUUCUAGCCUCGCUGUGGCUAAGUAUCUUGCUUCAAGGUGAUGCUGCAGGUGGAUGCUGACCACCUCGAGGAAGAAGGAAUUGGUUUUCGUUGUUUUUAAGGAAAGAAUUAAUAGUUUAAUACUGUGAGUCUCUUUAGAGGCAGCUGCAGGAUCAGGCUCUAUCCAACAAGUAUAUCUUUUCA